UUGUACGAUUUUCUGAGAGAAUUAAGUUUUGAUCGGUAACAUGCGAUGAUGUUACUGAUCUUUUUGUGUUUAAUUAACACGUACUUAUAAAAAAUAUAUCUGUUAAACAAAGUCAAUAAAAAAAUAAAUGCUAUUUCUAUUUGACUAUGUAGAUAACUUUGUAUUAUAAAAGAUUUUCGAUAACUAACCUAUUUACGUAUGCAAUUUGAGAACUUAAAUCAAAGUUUAUAAAUUAAUGUGCAUAAUUUAUUUAGCUUCAAAAUUGCAGUAGUUAUGAAUCUCAGAGAAAAACAUAAAGAUUCAUCGUAUCCUGGCGAUGUUUGUAAGCAAGACCAUACCACACUUAAAUCUCAAUUUAUUGAGUUAGAUGAUAAACCUUAUGCCACAAAAUGUCUUUUAUGUGAUAUAAAGUUUGUUCUUCCUGAGAAUGAAAAAUGUUUUUUAACUCAUUUGUUUGAACAACAUCGACUUAUAAUAGGAGAUGUCUGUAACAUUGCUAGUCUAAAAAGCUAUAUACAUUACUGGAGUUUUAAAUUUAAAGAAGAGCCAUUAACUAAAUAUUGUACAAUAAUGUUGAUGGACUGUACACCUGAUGGAAAACCAAGUAAAAAUGAAUCAUAUUUUUUCCUUUCUGAUUGCAUUUCGGAGGAUAAAACAUUGAGAGACGAAAUACAUCAAGCUAAAUUGGAAUGGGCUUUAACAGAACAAUCCAGAGAAAGGACAGAUACCAAUUUUAAACGUGGUUGCAUUUUUUGUCGAAUGGAAUUUUCAGGAUUACGCAUUACAUAUGUAAAACAUUUGGCACAAAAACAUAAUUUAUACUUGGGAAAACCGGAUAAUUUGGUAUUCAUAGAUGAAUUUUUAGAUAAGAUUCAGAACACUAUAGAAAAUUUGGUAUGCAUAUAUUGCGAAAAAUUAUUUAAAGACAGAACAGCAUUGAAAGAGCACAUGCGUAAGAAACUGCACAAACGUAUAAAUCCUAAUAAUAAGGCAUACGAUAAAUUUUAUAUAAAUAAUUAUUUAGAACCUGGAAAAACAUGGAGGCAUAAACAGACUAAUUCAAAAGAAAAUGAUGCAAUAGAGGAUCAAAAUAGCGAAAACGAAGAUGAAGAAACAUGGUCUGACUGGAAUGAUGAAGAUAUUGGUAUAACAUGUUUGUUCUGCAAUUAUAACAAUAAACAUUUUCAUCUUAUUUGUACGCAUAUGGAAACAGAUCACGAUUUUGAUUUUAUUGAUGCUUCAAGAAAUUUAACAUUCUAUCAAAAAGUGAAAGUGGUAAACUAUAUAAGAAGGCAAAUUCAUUUACAACGUUGUGUUUUCUGUGAAACAAAAGUAGAGAAUGUUUUGGAGCACAUGAAGCAACAAAAUCAUUUUAAAGUACCUAUGCAAAAGAUUUGGGAUCAACCAGAAUAUUAUUUUCCUAUGUGUGAAAAUGAUUCCUUCUUAUACAAUUUGGAUAUAAGUGAUAGUAGCGAUGAAGAAAAUGAUAUUGAAAGUACUACAGAAGCAAUGAUGAAUUUAUAAGCAAGGUGAUUAUAAUUAUUAACCACGACGAAAUAUUUACAGUCAAGAAAAAUGUAUUCAAAUUUCUAUCAUAAUAAAUUAUUACAAUACGUAUGUAUAUG